CUGUUUGCAGAUUGACUAUUAUUUUCUUCUUUAACAAGUACUCUGGUUCGAAUUAGUUUUAUCUUAUUUUGAUCAAAGAGAAAUUUAAGUUAGUAUUCUUAGUAAAAAGAAAAAAAUCAUAUGGAUGCAGAUCUGAAAAAAGCCAAGGAGCUUUUCAUCUUAAACACUCAUGGCACAACAUUAAUAGAUAUUUUUUCAACAGCUACUCUUUCUGUAUUAUGCUGUGUUUUAUCAAUUGGCUUUCGUUUAAUCUACAUUCAAAACCGACUGCAUUGGUUUCUUGAUUUGUGUAUCGAUAAUGUUUUAAUAGUAAUCCCCAUGGUGCUUUUUUUUACAGUUUUUUCAAAUUUUAAUUGUCUAUCUGUAGUCAUUCUUCUUAUUUCUGUGUUAAUUUUAUUGUAUUUGUAUACAGAAAAAAAAUCUUUUAUGACUAUCUUGAAUUUCAUUAAAGAGAUGGAUACUGGAGAUUUUCAUUACAUUAGUAUAUACAAAGCCAACAUUCAAAUUGCUACUGCUGUUUGUAUUUUAGCUGUAGAUUUUAAUGUAUUUCCAAGAAGGUUUGCAAAAGCUGACGUUUUUGGCAUUGGUGUUAUGGACUGUGCUGUUGGUUCCAUUAUUUUUAGUACUGCAAUGACUUCAUCGUUUGUGAGGCAAAGCAAUAAACUAAAUGUUCAAAUCUUAAUUAAAACAUUUAAAAGUUCAAUAUUUUUAUUAGCUUUAGGUAUUUUUCGUGUUACUUUAAUUAAAAUAGCUAAUUAUCAAGAAAACAUUUCUGAAUAUGGAGUUCAUUGGAACUUUUUUAUAACCCUAGCAUUUGUCAAAAUAUUUGCUUCUGUGAUAUUGUAUAUUUUACCAUUUUUACUGAAGCAAACUUGUUUGGUUAUGAUAUCUUUUGGAAUUAUCAUUAUUUAUCAGACUAUGUUGUCCUCAUUUGGGCUAGCAAGUAUAAUCCAAAGUGGUUUUAAUGGAGACAACCAGAGAGUUAGUUUUAUAGAUGCAAAUAGAGAAGGAAUUUGUUCAACUCUUGGAUAUAUUAGUAUUUACUUUUUCGGAAUUUUUUUUGGCAAACAGUUAAUUAAAACAAAAUACAAAGCAAUAAACAAGGUGUGUUGGUUAGGGUUGUGGUUUUUUAUCGGAUGUACCCUUACAAACAUUUUGGGUUAUCUAUCUAUGCCUAUAUCAAGGCAAAUGGCAAACUUAUCUUAUUUUUGCUUUCAGAUUUCUUUCAAUGCUUUUCUACUUCUGGGUUUUUUAAUAGUGGACAUAGUAACUUUUGCAAUUAUAAAUGUCAAGAAGAAAAGAAGGAAUGAGAUAACCAAUUAUAAUAUUCCAUUAUUGUACAAAGUAGUCAAUCAAAAUUUGUUAGUUUACUUUUUGUUAGCCAAUGUGAUGACUGGUGCUAUUAAUUUUUACGUUCAAACUUUGGAUCAGCCCUACUCAACAAGUUUGCUUAUUAUAUACACUUACAUGUUUUUAUUAAAUAUUUUAACAACUGCUUUAUACAUUAUUUUUAGAUUUUGAUAGGUCAGUUAUGUGUGUGUGUGUCUCU